AUGUCAGAGCUAGCAGCAUCCGAGUUUUGCAGUGCACCUACCAGCGAACAUGAACUUUUAGAACGACAAGCCUCAAGCUAUGAUGAGCUUGAAGAACUAAAACAAUCUUUACUCAUUAAGAAACAUACUUACAAACAACAAUAUGCUAGUAUAUACUAUAUUCGGCUUUUAAAGAUUCGCCAAGCUGUAUUUCAGUCUGCUCAACAACGAUGGGGAUCUUUACCAGAAAAGCCUCAUUACGUUGAAAAAAUUCUGGACAUUCAGGCAGGACAGCUAUGUUACAUGCUCGGUACAGUCUACCUCGAAAUGUCUGCUAAACCCAAUGUUAUGAACAAUUUACAAGACGAGGAAUCCAUUAUUAGACCCAAUACACCUGCUAAAUAUAAAAGUGAUCAUGAUGUUAUAUCUUUGGAGGAUGAAUCAGGUCGUGUGGAAAUUUCUGGCUCAUGUUUAGGAAGAGAAUUUUUAGUGACGGGAAUGGUUGUUGGUAUUUUAGGCAAAGAAGUAGCUUCAGGCGCCUUUGAAGCUUUGGAUAUUUGUUUGCCUGGUAUGCCCGAGCAAGAUCCUUUGCCCGAAAACAACGAACAUAAAUAUGUUGCUAUAUUAUCAGGAUUAAAUAUUGGAGGAGAUAAUCAGUUAGACAUGAGAAAUGAGUUAUUAUCUGAAUUUUUGACAGGUCAAUUGGGCAGCUCUGCUGAUCAAGCGUCCAGUUCAACCAUUUCAAGAGUGAUCUUGGCGGGAAAUUCUGUCUUUAAAUCGGAUAAGGCUGUUGACGCAAAGAAACCUAAAAAAUAUGGCUAUGAUUCGACUACAUUUAACGCUUCACCCAUGUUACAAUUAGACGAUCUAUUAGAAGAAAUUUGUAGCACAGUAGAUGUAGACAUCAUGCCCGGUCCCACCGAUCCUUCACCUUUACAUUUACCACAACAACCUAUGCACCCUUCUAUGUUUAAAAAGUCACAUAAUCUAUCCACAUUUCAUAGUGUAACAAAUCCAUACUGGUGUAAAAUAGACGAUAUCACAUUCUUAGGAACUUCUGGACAAAAUAUUGACGAUUUAUACAAGUACUUGGAUAGUGUGGAUCGUAUGAAGAUGGCCGAAAGUUGCAUGUAUUGGAGACAUAUGGCACCUUCAGCACCUGAUACCUUGUGGGCAUACCCGUUUACCGAUAGAGACCCUUUUGUGCUUGAUAAGAGCCCCCACGUUUAUUUCAUUGGUAAUCAGCCUCAAUUCGAAGAAACUCUUUUAGAAGGUCCUCAUGGUCAAAAAGUUAGAAUUAUCCUUGUGCCUUCCUUUGCAGAGACCGGUAUUAUGGUUCUUGUAAAUCUCUCGACUUUAGAAUGUAGUACUGUCCAUAUUAGUGAACAUGGCAUGCAAAUGCAGGAUUCUAUGGAUGAGUCAUAA